AUGACGUUAGCCUCUGAAAUGAGCGAUGAGAUUUCCUUAGACAACCCGACACCUAUAUUUAAUGAAGGUAAUGCUUCAAAGCCAAUUAGGGUUGCCGGCGUCGUAACAACGGGGACAGAUAAUAUCGACCCUACCGUGCUACAAAGUUACCUAGACGAUACUAUUUUGAAAUCCAUUACUUUAGGUCAGCUGGUGAAAAAUGCAGACGUGCUAAACAAAAGGUUGUGUCAACAUCAUAUUGCUUUGGAUGCUAAGCAGUCGUUUCACUUCCAAGAUUACAAAUAUAUUUCUGAUGAAAAAGGCAUACACGACAUGGUACCCUUGAUGGAAGUUGUAUCACAAUUGGAUGUACUACCUCCUAAAACAUUUACAGCAAAGACAGGUACGAAUUUUGGCAACGAUAACGAUGCAGAAGCUUAUUUACAAUUCGAAAAGCUAAUCGAUAAGAAGUACUUAAAAUUGCCCACGAGGGUGAAUUUGGAACUACUGAGAGGUACAAAAAUACACUCUUCUUUCUUGUUCAACUCUUAUUCUUCUCUUUCUCCCCAAUCGAUUUUGAACUUAAAACUCUUUAGUCAGUUCUAUAAUUGGAAUUCAAACAAAGGUUUGGAUAUCGGCCAAAGGGGAGCAAGGUUAAGUUUGAGGUAUGAACCACUGUUUUUACACCCACUUUUACACAAUCCAUACUCGGAUGAACGCCCUACGUUGUUUCAUGAAUGGUUCCUAGAGUCUUGUUGGAGAUCUUCCAAGAUAUGUUCACCAGGAACUAGCGCACCAUAUAUGUAUUCAGAUACAAUGUUAUCUCAAGCAGGCGAUCAAUUAAGGACCGUAUUGGGUCAUACAUUCGUCCUGGACAAGAGGAAUCAUUUUAUGUGUCCUACAAAGGGUUCAAUGCUAAAAUGGAGUAAUGAACUUUCACCAGGAAAACACUGGAAGACCCAACUAGAAUUGAACAACGUAAAGAGUUGGUUAAGUGACGAUUUCAUUACUUUCUCUACCACUUUUAAAACAGGAUACCUGAAAAAUAUAUCUUCACAACAAUCUUUGCCUGUACAUAUAUGUGAUAAAUUUCAGAGUGGUGGACCAAAUGACAUCAGAAGUUUCCAAACAUUUGGGUUAGGCCCAAGAGAUUUAUAUGAUGCCAUAGGUGGCGAUGCUUUUGUUUCAUAUGGAGUUAGUGUUUUUUCUCGGUUACCUUGGAAGAAAGUCCAAAAAUCGAACUUUAGGUUACAUUGGUUUUUCAAUGGGGGUAAAUUAAUCAAUCAUGGCAAUAUGUCUCUAAGCAACUGCAUCGGUCAGCUUUCUAAGGAACAUUCUACCUCUACAGGUAUCGGACUUGUGCUAAGGCAUCCCAUGGCUAGAUUUGAACUAAACUUCAGCUUACCUAUUGCCGCCCACGAAAACGAUUUAAUGAGAAAGGGAUUUCAGUUCGGAAUUGGUUUGGCAUUUUUGUGA